AUGACAACUGGGAGCACAGGCGUUCCUGAAGGGAUCGUUCACACCCAUAGCACCGUGUGUACUGGUCUCGUCGAGGGUGCCCAUCGCCAGGGCCUUGACCGGCCAGGCAUCAGAGUCUUUCAGUGGGCAGCUUACACAUUCGACGUAGCUUUGACGGAAAUCUACGCCCCUCUCAUCCAUGGCGGGUGCAUAUGCAUUCCGUCGGAAGAAGAGCGCCUGAACGACGUGGAGGGGGCCAUGAACAGAAUGAAGUGCGAGUGGGCGUUUUUCACCCCGACAUUUGCUCGCUUUUUCCGCCGAUACAAGGUCCCGUCCUUCAAAACCCUGGCCAUGGGUGGUGAAGCUGCCACAGCCGACGAUAUCAACGCCUGGGUACACCGCGUCAAGGUGCUCCAAGUCUAUGGACCUGCCGAGUGUGUCACCUGGUUACUAAAGGCGUUCAACGCGCCGUCACCAAAGACGAUAUCGUUUGGACGGCCGACAAACGUCCACGGAUGGAUUGUUGAACCACAGAACCCGGCACGUCUGUCUCCAGUUGGCGCUGUGGGUGAACUACUCAUCGAGGGCCCAGGUGUGUUCAUCGAAUACCUGAACGAUAAGGUCAGAACGGAAGCUUCUUUCAUCGAGGCGCCUCCGUGGCGUACAGCCAUUGGGGCCCCUUGUACGAGCAGGAUCUACAAAUCCGGAGAUCUCGUCCGAUAUCUACCGGAUGGUGAGAUGACAUAUGUUGGCCGCAAAGACGCCAUGGUCAAGCUACGUGGCCAACGUAUCGAUCUAGAAGGAAUCGAGUCUCUGUUACGUGCUUGCGUAGACGAUAUCGCAGACGUUGCCGUGGACCUCGUGAUACCCUCAGGCAAGAAUCGCGAUAAGGCCCUCGUUGCUUUCGUCUGCUCGCGAGACAGAGUCGCAGGCCCAGAUUCCGUGCUCAGAUUGGCACCGUCAUGGCGUGAGCAGCUGAAGAGGGACCUGCCCGAUUUCAUGGUACCUCACAUAUACUACCCGAUUGAUUCACUUCCAUACAACGCUUCUAGGAAACUUGACCGGAAAGUUCUAAGGCAGUUUGCGUCUGCACUGACGAUCGACGAGUUGCUGAGUGCCUCCAAGCAUGCCACCAGCACAGCCCAAUUGCAGGAAUCAGCGAAUGGCCUUACACCAACAGAGCUCCAGUUCCGACAGUUUUGGGCAGAGCCAGAGACCAAGGCCUUUCUCUUCACCUACACCGACAUAUUCAAGGGCCCUUCAGUUGCUGAGAUGGCCAGAAACGCGAGAAAGAUCCUCAUCACCACGAGCGCGAACGUUGAGGCUUUUUCUCUCCUCCCUCCUAAGAUGAAGAGCCAGAUUCUGCGCGAUGUAGCUGUCCAAUGCCGGGUCUCUGAGUCGGAAAUAGAGGAUGUGUUUCUGCUCACACUUCGACAAGAGGGCUUAUGGGCCCUGUCGUUGGUUAGCAACGGCAGCUAUGUCGCCCAUUUCCCUAUCAGAUUGCGACAAGGUAUCGACGUAUCGCGGUUCCGGACAGCAUGGGACGAUGUAGUCACCCGAUCUGCCUUCAUGAGAACUCGCAUCACCCAGUCAGCCAGUGGCACAUAUCAAGUUGUGCUGAAAAGGGGCCCGAGCUGGAAGAAGAGAAAAAAUACAGAGGAGUACGUACGGGAAGAUAUGCGAGAGCCUCUUGAUUUUGGGGAGCAACUCACACGCUUUGCUCUCAUUCAGGAAGAGCAACAGCCGGCAGCUGGCCUUUCGUCGUCGAUGAAUCUCAUCCUGUGGACUUCCCAUCACGCCUUGUACGACGGACAUUCGAUCCCCUUGUUUUUGAACGCCGUUGCGAAGAGCUACCGAGGCGAGAUCUCCGGGCCUGAAGUGCCUUUCACCCGAUUCAUUGGGCACCUACAAGAGACCGACGAGAAUGUGUACAAGGAAUAUUGGAGACGGCGCCUCGACGUUCUCGAAGCCGCAGCGAAGGAACACUCGAGCAUCUCUCCGCUCAAAUGCGACGUGACCUCCAAGAACGACCUACAAGCUACCGUCGACUACAUCGCUGCCGAGGUCGGGUAUGUCAACCUCGUAGUUGCCAACUCGGGCAGCAUCAGGCCAUCCGUACGCUUCAACCCAUCGCACUCGCUGCCGGAACUGCGCCAGAUCUUAUUCGCCGACUUCUCGAUGGAAGACAUGACCGAGACGCUGAACCUCAACGUGACGGCUGCUUUCUUCACCAUGACCGCCUUUCUUGAACUACUCGAUGCGGGCAAUCAGAACGCGCUAAAAGGCGGUUUCGGCAGACCCAUCGCCAAGGGCGGCGUCGUACCGGCCAUCCAGAGUCAGGUCAUCUUCACGACUAGUAUUUCGGCCUUCAGUCGCCAUUGGUCGUCCUCGCCGCCGUACUUGACGAGCAAGGUCGCUAUCAUGCAGGUGACCAAGCACGCCAGCAAGCAGCUGGCUAGGUUCGGGAUCCGCGUGAAUGCCAUCGCUCCGGGUGUGUACCCCUCGGACCUUGCCUCGGUGCUAACGAAAGAUCGGAAGCCGGAGGAAGAGUCAAUCGAUGACCAGAGAUUCAUUCCCGCCCGAAGAUUUGGCGGUGAUGAGGAGAUGGCUGGCGCUAUCCUCUACCUCACUAGCAGGACUGGAAGCUUUUUUCAACGGGUCUAUUCUCGUCACUGA